GAUUUUUGUUUUUUGAAACCGUCUUUGAGUAUUUGACUCCGCUCUAUCGUCGCCAACGUGAAAACCACGGCCCGUUUGACGCAAACAGUGUAUAUGAAGUUAGAACUCCAUCGUCGCCCCUACAGCAAAGUAGUUUAGCAUACAAUGCCUUGUGCAAGUGUACGUGCGGUCAAUUUCUCCUAUUUCCCACGUUCAAUUCUCACUCUCUCUCAUCAUCUUCUGCUCAAAAUUCGUUACUGCAUUCCUCCUCAGAGGUGUAAGGUUUCCAAGUGUAGAGACGAGGAUUGCGAUGAUUUUUUACCAUGGUUGGAGAACAAGGCCGGGGUUCGCAUUUCUUCGCUGCUUGCAAUCGGAAACUCUGAUUAUGGAAGAUCUUUGUUUGCUUGUAAGAGCAUUCAAGCUGGAGAUUCCCUAUUGAAAGUUCCUUUUGUUUUGCAAAUAUCUCCUGACAAUGUCCUUCCUGAUAUCAAGCCCUUUCUCACCGAUAGUGUAGGGGCUGUUGCGAAACUUGCUCUUGUUAUUCUAGUUGAGCAAAAAAAAGGUCAGAAAUCUGAAUGGGCUCCAUAUAUCUCUCGUCUUCCGCAACAUGGAGAGUUGCAUAGCACGAUUUUUUGGAGUGAAAACGAGCUAAAGAUGAUACAACAAAGUUCAUUAUAUCAGGAGACAAUUGAUCAAAAAGCUCAAAUCAAGAAAGAAUUUUUGGCCAUCAAACCAGUUUUUGAUCGUUUUCCUGAUAUAUUUGAAGGUGUUAAUUUUGAGAACUUCAAACAUGCCUAUGGUUUAGUUGCCUCUCGAGCUUGGGAAAGCAUGAAAGGACAAUCUCUGAUUCCAUUUGCAGAUUUUUUAAAUCAUAAUGGGACCUCUCAAUCCGUUUUAGUUAGCGAUGAAUAUCGACAAUUGUCAGAGGUUAUUGCUGAUCGAGAUUAUGUUCCAGGAGAAGAGGUUUUUAUACGAUAUGGGAGGUUUCCUAACUCAGUUCUUGUACUUGACUUUGGGUUUACAGUUCCAAAUAACAUGUAUGACCAGGUUUGCAUUCAGGUUGACAUACCUUAUGAUGAUCAUCUACGAGCAAUGAAGUUGGACCUUCUGCAGAAGAAUUGUUUACCAAAGCUCAAGGAUGCGUAUUUCAGCUCUUCAGGCGGCUCUUUUAUCAUGAAGGAAGUUAGGUCAGCUAGGGGUAAAGGAAAAGGAAUUCCACAGUCACUUCGUGCAUUUGCUCGUGUCCUGUGUUCCAGCUCUCCUCAAGAACUAAAUGAUCUGGCUUUAGAAGCUGUUCAACAGGAUGGCCGGCUGGCACGGCGUCCUUUGAUCAACAGGAGCCUGGAGAUACAAGCACAUGAGAUCUUACUUUCUCAAAUAGACAAGUUGAUUGCAAACAAUAACAUGUCAAUUGAGAACCUACAGGCAGUAGAUGCAGAAUUCACCAACUGUAGGAGGUUUUCUAUCAGACGCCAAAUGGCUCAAGAUCUGCUCACUGGUGAGGUACGGGUUCUGAGAUCUGCUUCUGCAUGGCUGACGAAUUACUGUCAGCUUGUCCGCAGUAACAGAAAACAAUUGUAAGUUCUUCCUGAAUACAGCCACAAAGACGAAUGAUAGUUUACCUCAUGAACCCUUCCGAGCAUCUUGAAUGAGUCGUAGAAGUUGCAUGUUCAAUGUAAUUAGUGCCAUCAUGUUCAAUGUUCAAUGAUAGUUUACAUCAUGUUUACCUCAUGUAAUUAGUUUGUGUUGAGUUUAUGUGUACAAUUUUUGUGGAGAGCUGAAGUGUAUCUGGCUUCGGUUAUUGUAUAAUUAUUCUGGAAAUAUUGUACAUAUCUUUAUUAUAAAUUGUAGUGCAUUGCCCUUGCCUCA